GGAAGUGGGUGAACGAAAUAACACGGUACUGAAAAGACUAACCAAAGCUUAGAAGGGAACGACGUUGGAGUGGAUGAUUAAAAAGGUGUAUUUUUUUUGUUUUGUUUUAUAUUCGGAAGGUAUUUUACGUUAAACUGUUUGGUCGCAUUGAUAAUUCAGGUGGCAAAAAAAUAAGACGGUAUGUUUCAGAGUGAAAAAGAAACUAGGGACGAUGCCGUAGGCGUCAUUUCACUUCGUACCCUGUACUGUAACGUUUAGUAUAUCAGGUUCCUGAGCAAAGAAAUACAAACUGAAGGGAGACUCUGGUUGAACUGACAACUCAAAUUCCAGGCAGUUUGGGGCCACAUCAAACAGAGCGACGAUGGCUGACAACGUUGGAGAAGGAUCUAACGGUGCCAUUGGGACAAGUCAAGGAGAUGGAUCACAGUUGUUAUCGAGUUUAGGUAAUUCCUUGCCGGGGCACUCGACGAGCGGAGCCAACACGGCCUCGUCUCCUCCGACAGCCGUGGUGUCUCCUAUAAUAGCACAUAACAUCACUUCAGUCAUGGAAAGCGGACUCGGCGUUGGCGUGCUGAGCCAUGCUGUGAGCUCGACCAUCUCGGCGACUCCCUCGUUGCCACCAAGCAUCGGCUUUGGGGGCACUGGAGCCCCUCCAAGUCUAGCCGGAGCGGGCCUUCUAUCCCAAAUUCACGCCACAUCCUGGGACCCCACUCUGAGCACCGACUGGGACAACGAAAAGGCGUCGCAGCAGUGCAUUCUCCGGAUAAAAAGAGACAUUAUGUCCAUCUAUAAAGAACCUCCCCCUGGUAUGUUUGUGGUUCCUGAUCCCCAUGAUAUGACCAAGAUCCAUGCUCUCAUCACAGGCCCCUUUGAUACACCCUAUGAGGGGGGCUUCUUCCUCUUUCUGUUUCGGUGCCCCCCUGACUAUCCCAUCCACCCCCCACGCGUAAAACUCAUCACCACAGGCCACAACACAGUACGCUUCAACCCCAACUUCUACCGCAAUGGCAAGGUGUGCCUCAGCAUUCUUGGCACUUGGACUGGGCCAGCAUGGAGCCCUGCUCAGAGCAUUUCCUCAGUCCUUAUCUCUAUCCAGUCCCUGAUGACGGAGAACCCUUACCAUAAUGAGCCAGGCUUUGAGCAGGAAAGGCAUCCAGGCGAUAGCAAGAAUUAUAAUGAAUGCAUCCGCCAUGAGACCAUGCGUGUAGCUGUGUGUGACAUGCUGGAAGGGAAGGUGACAUGCCCAGAGGCCUUGUGGAGUGUGAUGGAAAAGUCCUUCUUGGAGUAUUAUGACUUUUAUGAAGGAGUUUGCAAAGAACGUCUGCAUCUGCAAGGACAAAACAUGCAGGAUCCUUUUGGGGAGAAGAGGGGUCGUUUUGACUACCAGGGUCUGCUGGCCCGCCUUGCCGCUACUCACAGACGGCUGCGGGAGAAGUGUCCAACCGAGGACAAUGAGGGGGACUCAGAUUCUGACACUAGCUCGUCUGGAACAGAUCCUGACAGCCAGGGCAGCUCCCAGCCAUAGAUUUCCCAUGUGGGCUCAGUGAGAGUCUGAAAAAAGCAUUUCUCUUUCCUGUAGCUCUGGACGCUUUUAAGUAAGCAAAAUGCACAGAGUGCUGAAAAAAAGUUCUAGAGUCUGGUUCUGAAGCACCGGGGUUAAUCUAGCCCCUGUUUCAUUCGAUUGUUUGUUUUUUCUCUCUCUGCCUGUACCCAGUGGCUGCCUUGCUUUCUUUUCUUACCCCUCUACCCUCUCCUGCUCUGAGGGAGAAAACUCCUGGUAGUAGUGGGAUUCGGACUGGAGGGAGGGAGGGAGGGAGUGAGUGUGAGUGUGAGUGUGAGUGUGUGUGUGUGUGUGUGUGUGUGUGUGUGUGUGUGUGUAAGAGAGAGUGAGUGAGUUUCUGCGUGAGUAAGUAUACAAGCAAGCUUCUCAGCAGGACAGCACACACUCUGCCUUUUGGAGCACAAGUUUGAGUGCUCAUUGCUUCUCACUUUACCUGGUGGUCAGAAACACAAAGCAGAGGUAGGUUAAGAGCUACUGACACCUCAUUAGAGAGCAGGUUGUCAUACAGUUAGUGCGCCUUUACAUCUUCUGCAGACCUGUUUGCUAGUCUCUUUAUGCCUGGUUCACUUAUGUCUUGAACAGUUAUAUCAACAUUUAUAUCACCACAUUUAAUUGAAUCAUUAAAAAUAUUUUGAAUAUUAUGAAUGGAGUCAUAAUUUCAACAUGAAUCUUUACAUGAUUUAAGAAAAAGAGACACUGAUGCAACUAAAAAAAAAAUGUACAUACUUAAAUAUUGUGCAUAGAAAAGUUUUAUUUUAAUGUUUAUUGUGCAUUAAAUGGUUUUGAAUGGAUCUGGUGUGAUUGAUAUCCUCAACCAGUAAAGUGAUCAGUCAUUGAUUUGGACUACAUAGCCCUUAUGAGAAAAGUUGUACAGUCAAAAUACAUUGUUUAUGUUGUUUCAGCCCAAUUAAAUAUGUUGGUUGGAUAAGAAA